AUGAGUACCUCACAGAACAUUCAAGCUGGCUCUGGCAGUGGUCAGGGAAAUCCAGAGAAGCUCCCCAGAGGUCCAAUCUCGCGUGACCAGGGACAGGAGAUGAGUGACGACGAGGAGGACUUCAAUGAGUCCUUCUUGGAGAAACUCGACGCCCUGAGCCCUGAGCAAAGGGCCUUUGUCGACGACUACAUGACUGACGAGAUGAAGGCUCUGGUGAAGGACUACCCCUCCCUCCAAGAGUUUGCUGUCACCUACGACAAGAUAGCUCGUAUCAAGCUGGGAGAGGAUCUUUACACAAAGUACCAGCAAGGCUCUCUUGCCGUCUUGCUCAUUCGUGCCAAGCUGAAGCCUGGCCAGUAUGUCGAGCCCGGCGACCGCUCUGUCGAGGGCAACAAGCAGGUUGUCUGGUGCGACGCGUGCCAGACCAACGUCUGCAGGGACUGGGCGCGGCACAACCAAGAAAACCACCACAAGCACCCAGGACUUGCCCUGAUCUGCUUCCAUCCUGGCUGUACCUCUCCUGUCUUACUGCGUGGCGAGCCUUCACAGUUGGAUAUGCACCUGUUUCGCCACGCCGUCUACGUCAACCUCGAGGGCACCGGUGGUACUAUGAUGACCACGGUAGAGCUCAAGAAACUCGAGCGCCUCACCUUGCCUGGCCUGAUGGAGAACGCCAAAGUGCAGGGGCGCAAGCUGCAGCAGUACCGGGACCGAAAGGCGGCGGUCCUCCGCCGUGUCAAGUCUCUGAACAAACAGCUUGCCUCUGACCUCGCGCCGUUCAUGGGACUCCCCGAGCUCGACGGCCCUGGCCGCCCCUUCACUCAGGCCGAGAUCGACGCCGGACCGACCAAGGCCGCCGCCUUACAGGCUCUACAGAAUAUCCGUCGACUCCUCUUCCCCGGCGGCCAGACCUUGGACGAGAAAGUGUUCGAGAGGGCCGAGAAGAUCGCGCAGCAUCUGGAGGACCUUGAGGAUGAGGGCUUGCUGGAGGAUCUGACCGCUGACGAGGUCUUGACGAUGCUGAAGGAUGCCAGUAUUUGA